ACUCAUUAGGCAGUCAAAAAGGGGUAAAGAUGCCUUCAAUCCCCGUCUCUUCCCAAAUAUUCGACCUUGCUUUCCAUCCAACUUCGUCUCUUGUUUAUACUGGUCUCCUCAACGGCGAAAUCAAAGCGUUCAGCUACGACGAGCAAGGACAACACGAAACAAAAUUUUCUCUCAGACCGUCAAAGCGCUCGUGUAGAGGGCUGGCUACGAGCGAGGAUGGCAGUAAACUGUGGGCCGUAGGGAAAGCGAAGAGUAUAUUUACUGUUGACACAGAAACAGGUGACCUAGUGGAUACUAGGGCUGUAGUGCAUGACGCACCUAUCAAUCGCGUGAAAUGCUUGUUACCAAAUCUACUCGCCACUGGGGACGACGACGGGGUCAUCAAACUAUGGGAUCCUCGAAAACCCGAAUCAAUAACAACAUACACUCAACAUUUCGACUUCAUAUCAGACUUCCUAUGGUUAGCGGACAAAAAGCAACUCGUCGCUACUAGUGGUGACGGUACGCUUUCAGUAAUGGACGUUCGAUCGAAGAAAACAGAACCAUUUGCGCACUCUGAGGAUCAAGAGGACGAAUUGCUUUCCAUCGUUCCGAUAAAAGGCGGGACCAAAGUUGUCGUUGGGACGCAACUGGGCAUACUGUCCAUCUUCAAUCGCAAGUCCGGCUGGGGUGACUGCGUCGAUCGCGUCCCUGGACAUCCGCAUUCAAUUGACGCCCUCUGCGCUCUCCCUUCAUCCUACCCCUCGUCGCAUAGCACCAUCCUAACAGGAUCCUCCGAUGGCCUCAUACGUGCUGUUCAAUUGCUACCAACAAAACUGCUUGGCGUCAUAGCAGACCACGGAGAGUUUCCGAUAGAGCGAAUAGAAAUAGACAGGGCGGGAGAGGGGAGAUGGGUCGGGAGCGUAGGGCACGAUGAAGUCUUAAGGUUAACGGAUCUCAAAGAUGUGUUUGAGGACGAGGACGAGGCUGACCAGGACGAGAACGCAAAGUCGGAGGUCAGUGGAGAUCGGGACAGUGACGAAGAGGAGGCUGUAGGACUGGAAGCUGGGGAAAAGAUGAAAGGGAAGGAGGCUCGGGAAGGAUUGGAAGAUGAUGACGAGGAGGCUGAUGGAGAGGCUGAUGCGGGUGUAGUGGAGUCAGCAGCAGACAAAUCGGCAGACGAGGAUUCGGAUGUGCCGAAGGAGAAAAAGAAGCGAGGAAAGAAGCCAAAAGACGAGUUACAGGGUAGGAAGAAGCAGAAGGGCAAGAACGAGCUUGUCAUGGAUCCUGGCUUUUUCUCGGGGUUGUGACCUCGCACGAUAUGUAUGUUUGUCCAAGGGGUUCACAUUCAGACAAUCCAUAAUUGGCAAGCUACAUCACCAUUCCCAGUUUUCGGGAUCAGUUGAAUGAAUUUCUCGCAGGCGGGCGGUUGCUAUCUUCGAGCUCGAUGACUAGACACCAUCAUGCCAGAACCGCGUUCGAGCGGUGUAACAAACGACGCGAUAUAAACGACUACAGUUACAGUUGAGUAGUCUACGAGUUACGACAUGGAGACCCCGACGAAUCCAAGAAAUUCCGAUAACACAACGCAAUCCAUGACCCGAAUACACCAAGAGGGACGAGAAGGACAAAAGUGGCGACGUAAAGGAGGCUGUUCGAUCCACAACAUAGCAAUAUAGCUGAAAGACGAAAAACAUAGCACGAACGAGUAAGCAAACUAGUACAGACAAGCUAGUACAGAUCAUGAUCUGAAUACAACACUAGGUGAGUACAAUUGAAUUGAGGAAAGAUAGCAUCUUCAUCCUCCAUGUUGAGGAGUCUCGAAGGACACUCGGAGAGUAUCGCGCCAACGGCCCAGGCCACCAUCAAUGACAGAUGGGCUCAUCAUGACCCCAUAGGCCAGCGUACCGCCGAGACUCAAGGUCUCGAGGGGUGAAGUGGGCUGGUUGAAUCUGUGGCGUAGCAUGGAUAUGAACUGCUGGUAUGACCCCCUCAUCUGCGGCGGCCAGAGUUCGUGAACGUCAGAAACACGUAGAUGACGAAGUGCUGGGAAUAUGAGUGUUCCUUCGUGGGGCCCAAGGCCGGUGAGGACCUGAGUGUGGGCCAGAUCCUUGAAGUCGGUGUAGGUGAGGUCACGGACGCGCCUCAAGUGCUCGAGACUGGUGAAUAAGGUCUCGUCACUGACCCCUCCGACGUCCGUCAAGAUGGUUAGUUUUUCCACUGAGUUCAGCGGAAGGCCUUGGGCGACGAGCUGGAUCACGUCCGACUGAGGGUCUCCAUUGUUGUGGAGCAACCGAAGGGAGAAUCGGUGGCGAUUAUCAAGGCUACGGCAGCCCCAAGACAUAAGGUUACGAUGGAUGACAAUGGACAGCUCCACGAAAGGUCCGUAAGAAGUUCGUAAGACGCCGUUGGGAGACGCUAGGAUGUUGAUGAGAUCGCGGACAUGGGAGGUGCGGGAGAAUGGUAUGGUUGAAUCAAGUGAAAGGUUGGUCAAGGAGGGUAACGUGAAGCCUUCGAACAACUGAACCCAGCUAGCGGGUGUUCCGCACGAUAGAUAAAUGGAGGUGAGAUGGUCCAUUGUCAAGGGCGGAGGCAUGGAUACCGUGGGCGGCCUGCCAGUAUCGAUCCAAUAGGAUAGGCGAAGACUUUCGAGCUCUGGCGAUUCGGUAAGAAAUUGGCGUAGCAAUGUGGCAUCUAGGUCUGCAGUGUCGUCACCGCCAUCCAAGACGCCACCCCUGAGCGCGAGAUGCGUAAGGUGAGGGAGUGAAAUGGGCUGGGAGAGUCCGCUAAAGUAGCACCCGGUAAGAUAUAGCUUGCGUAGUGUCGGGGCAUGCAAUGCAAUAAGACGCCCGGGCAGGACAUGGUGAGGACCGAUUCCGCCGAUCGCGUGAAUGUCCAGUGUUUUGAGACACCGCGGCCUAACCAAGGCAUUGGCGACGGUCGUAAGGGAGUCUUUCCCUGCAGUUAAGCGGAUGUUGACGAUCUGAGAGGGAUGUGUGGUGAUGAACUUUUCUAGAGCCAAGAAACCCUGUUGGUGGGGAAGCGAUUGGUAUGGUUUCGAAGACAGGUCAAAAUCGACUGUGACAGGCAAAGGGUGGCAGCGCUUGGCCAUUAUGUCCAUCCACAUACGGCUUGGAAUCCCGUGGAUAUGUGUCCAAAGCAUUUUUGCGCCGAGGGCGGCACGCCUCCAGCGUCGACAGACUUGUGUGACAGCAAUCCAAGGAAGCUGGACUUGCUGAAACGAGGGCAGUUGACGGUCAGGAAACUCUGCAACGUCAACGUAUCGCCACGAUGAUCCACUGCGGAACAUGGGACUCCCAAUGACACUAGGAAAGACGUGAAUGCCAGAGUGUAGUACGCGUCGAGCGGGAUCGUCCAAGAAAGACGAAACAUUCUCGUCGUCCGCGCUGGUCCGCCCUAAGCUGUCUGCGGCCGAGUCGUCGCAAAACCAAAAGACCCUCGUGAGCAGCUCGUCUGGAAGGCGAGAGAUGGGGGAGAAAGCAUUUCGGCCCUCCAAGAGGUACAUGGUGGCUGCACGAAGAUCCUCGACCUCCUUGUCAAUGAGGUGGCGGACCUCGAGGGCUGUUUUCGGCGUCGCUGUUGCGACGAGAUCAUGGAGCCGCUUGGACCAUUGACAAACAUUCAGCGAGCCCCUUUCCCUUUCAAGCUCGCUUGUGAUAGAAUUUGAGCCUGCCGGUUGCUCAUCAACGGCUACAGUACUCUGAGUACUAG